AUGCGCGAUGACUCAGAAUGGGGUUUUUUCCCGGGAGUCGUGCCUCCGCCAAGUACUCCAGCAGGUUCAACACCCUCGAGAACGCCGGUCUUUGUUUCUCCUGUCGUACUACCCCCGUAUCUGUCACCAGCCGCAAUACCACCCCAUUACCUUUAUUCGCCGUUUGUUCCUCAGACUUCAACACCUUUGCCGCAGACCCCGGUUAUAACGCCAGGCGUUGUUCCCCUUCCGCCUCCACCGCUCCUGUUUACACCUCCACCCGAAGAAACAACAACAACGUACUUUCCAAGGGCAACACCAUCUCCGUCCAAUCCACCUGUCAUCCCACCAAACUUGUCUUCCCCUGCGUCACAGGCCUCUCCUUCUUCUGUUUCCUCUCAUAGCGGGACCCCAGACUUGCACCCCCCUUCCCGCAACUCAUCAUCACCUGUUCGAGGCAUGCCAGCAUCUAACCCGGAUAUUUUUAUACCUCCCGAAGUGCAGCCUACUCCUCCACCACAGUCAGAUCAACGUCAUCGUCGGAGACCAAGUGGUCCACUGGUUGGAGAGAGCCAGGGCUGGGCUUACCCUUUAGAUCUCGGCGGGACCGGUUUAUCUUAUCCAAAUCACUCGACACCCUAUAAUCCCUAUACGCCGCUACCGGCGCUCUAUCCACCCGCAUAUGGAGGUUAUACACCCUAUCCCUAUCCUCCAUGCUAUCCUCCAUUUACUCCCCGAACCAAUACUGCAAAUCUCUAUACACCCUAUCCCUAUCCUCCAUACUAUCCUCCAUUUACUCCCCGAACCAAUCCUGCAAAUCCCUAUACACCCUAUCACCCUUAUUCUCAAUAUUAUCCUCCUCAGUCCCUGCCACCGUACACUACACCAGUACCUUUUCAAGUUUCUACGAUUCAUAAUUACAAUACACCCUACCUCCCACCCACAUCCCAACUUCCAAAUUAUGCUCUACCGGGGGACACACCUCUACCCGCUACAUCCGUUCCACUUCCACCUCCCCAACCCGGAUUUAUAUCCCUCCACCCUGACAUUUUCACCUUGGGAGGGGGGAUGACAGCGUUAGAUUGGGAUCUUCUCUAUCCACCUACACCAGAAUAUGCAAAGCUCGUUAAUCCUCCUAUGCCCUAUGCCCGUCCAAAUUUUUCAGAACCUGCUUUUUCUUCGCCGAUGGUGGCGGCUAAAGUCCAUUUACGAUCUUCGUCUCAUCCCGUGCUUGCUUAUUGGAUGGAUAUCUGGGGGUGUCUGACGGUUAACGGCGUCCCGACUGUUCGGGGUUUGCUCGAGGGGAUAUACAGCUAUUUACAUAUGCCGCUUACUCCUUCUGAACUUGAACUCUUGUUAUCCACACCGGAGAAUAAGGAGAAUGUAGCGAGGGCGAGAACGAUAAGAGCUAGGGAGGGGUGUGAGUUGGUACUAGGGGGUGGGUAUAAGAGAUUGGAUGUGUUGGGGAUGCAUAGGAAGUUUGCGGGUGUGUGGGUUGGAUCUGUAUCUGAGUGCGUGGAUGAGCAAGGAGGGGAAGGGAGUGCUGGUGGUGGUGGUGGUGGUGGGAUAGAGGUGGAGUUGAUGAUUGGAAUUAGGCCUGGUUAUGCUCUCAAGCCAUUCAGGAGGUAA